ACAAUCUAAAUGAGCCGUUAAGACCAUCCUAACAAGUAAAUAAUACAAAAGAUAACGUCUAGAUUUCAGGAUACAAAUCUUCAAGCACAGAUUUGCCGGCGCCGGCGGCGAAUGAAUCGUCGGCAAUGGAGAAGGAUAGAAGAGGGUAAUGAUCCUUUCCAUUUCCAAGCCAAUCUAAGAUAGGUAUCAUAUUCUUUCUCUCUCGAUCAGUCUUUUGCUUGUUCCUUUACGAAUAUUAACUUUCCCCAUUUUGAAGAUUCCCAUCAUUUUCUUCUCCCACCCUUAAAUAUUCUGAAUCCUCACUCUAUACACUCUUCAACUCCACUUCUAUUAUCAUUGUUGAUCAUGGGGAAGGGUUCCAAGAUUGGCGGAUGCAAAUCCACUUCUCACCAACUCUUCAAGGAUCGGGCCAAGAACCGUGUGGAUGAUCUUCAAUGCAUUUUCACAGAUCUUCAAUUUGCAAGGAAGGAGAGCCGCUCAAUCGAUGCUGUUGUGUUUGAAGAACAGGUUCAUCAAAUGCUCCGUGAGUGGAAAGCAGAGCUCAAUCAGCCUUCUCCAGCUACUUCUCUCCAACAGGACGGGAGUCUGGGAUCUUUCUCAACGGAAAUUUAUCGGCUAUUGCAGUUAUACGAUGAAGAAGACGAUGCUAACAGUGCCUUAGCUGGUCCAAAGGCUGAACCCGAAUAUGAAAAGGACUUGAGAAUUGCUACCCAGUUUGAUUAUCAGAACUAUGAUUUGCAGUUACAACAAGCUGAGCAGAAUUUCUUUUCUUUUGAUAAUAAUUAUAAUGAGAUUGCCUGUUUUCUUCCUAGUAUUUGCCCUCCUCCUUCUGCAUAUUUGGGACCAAAAUGUUCUCUUUGGGAUUGUCCUAGACCUGCUCAAGAAUGUCAAGAUUACUGCAGUAGCUUUCAUGCUGCCUUGGCUAUAAACGAAGGCCUACCCGGUAUGACACCUGUUCUUCGUCCAGGAGGAAUUGGGCUUAAAGAUGGUUUGCUUUUCGCUACCCUUGUUUCCAAAUCGGAAGGAAAGGAUGUUGGAGUUCCCGAUUGUGAAGGGGCAGCUACUGCAAGGUCUCCAUGGAAUGUCCCGGAGCUGUUUGAUUUGAUGGUUCUGGAAGGGGAGACUAUAAGAGAGUGGUUAUUUUUCGAUAAGCCUAGACGGGCAUUUGAAAGUGGGAACAGAAAGCAAAGGUCUUUGCCUGAUUAUAAUGGUCGGGGCUGGCAUGAAUCGAGGAAACAAAUGAUAAACGAAUAUGGAGGUUUAAAAAGAUCUUAUUAUAUGGAUCCACAGCCGAGGAAAGAUUUUGAGUGGCACCUUUACGAAUAUGAGAUCUUUAAGUGCGAUACUUGCGCUUUGUAUAGGUUGGAAUUUAAGAUGAUUGAUGGGAAGAAGAACACAAAGGGGAAGAUGACGAUGGCAAGAACGAGUGAUUCCAUUAUCAAAAUUCGCGGAAGGGCAAAGUCUAUUAUAUCGAAAGAAGAUCAAAUGACUCCUAAUGGGGAAGGAUUUGAUUAUGCAGCAUUUGAUUAUCUUGCUGAGAAUUUGGAUGGUUACUAUUUGACUUAAGGAUUAAGAUGGCUAAUUUGGAUAAUUACUGAUUUCCUGCUUUGUUAUAUGACAAUUAAUGUCUGGUUAUAUGACAAUUAAUGUCUGGUUUCUAUAAUUUAUUCACUGUCGAUGCAACAAUCGCGUUUGACUCUGUUUUUUAUUUAUUUUAAAUAAAAUGUACUGUUUGACUCGAUUGAUCGAGACAAAUUUGUAUUUGUCAUCAACGAAAACAAAAUCAUGAAUACAACCUUAACAGGUGAAAAACAGGAUUGUUUUCUGCAAAUCA